UGACAUAUAGUGUGUAAGGGAAAAGAUGGCGGUGUUAUUGAUGUUUGCUCGAAUAAUGGUUGCGGCAGCCAUGGGAGCUGCUGCAGCCAUGGCCAUGGGUUCAUCACCAAUGGUCACAUUCAUCUUCGGGGAUUCGUUGGCAGAAGUUGGGAACAACAAUUUUCUGCAAUAUUCUCUAGCAAGAUCAGAUUACCCAUGGUAUGGGAUUGACUACCAGGGAGGACAGGCCACCGGCAGGUUUACUAAUGGAAGAACUAUUGCUGAUAUCAUAUCUGCGAAACUCGGGAUUCCAUCACCGCCACCGUAUCUUUCAUUGUCGCAGAACGACGAUGCAUUGCUUAAGGGGGUUAAUUAUGCGUCUGGCGGAGCCGGGAUUCUCAACGACACAGGACUCUACUUUAUUCAAAGAUUAUCAUUUGAUGACCAAAUAAACAAUUUCAAUAAGACGAAGGCAGCAAUCACGACAAAAAUCGGAGAACAGGCAGCAAACAAGCUCUGCAAUGAAGCAACGUACUUCAUUGGAAUUGGGAGCAACGAUUACGUGAACAAUUUCUUGCAGCCGUUUUUAGCAGAUGGGCAGCAGUACACUCACGAUGAAUUCCUGGCACUCUUGAUCUCCACCUUAGAGCAACAACUUUCUAGGUUAUACAAGCUUGGUGCAAGGAAGAUGGUAUUCAAUGGGUUGGCGCCCCUCGGAUGCAUUCCUUCCCAAAGGGUAAAAUCAAAGAGAGGUCAGUGCUUAAAUCAAGUCAAUCAAUGGGUGCAACUGUUCAACUCAAGGGUUCAAAACCUCUUCCUCUCUCUCAACCGCCGCCUCCCCUCCUCCCAAUUCAUCUUUGGAGACACUUACACCACAGUUCUUGACUUAAUUUCCAACCCCCAAGCCUAUGGUUUUAGGGUUUCCAACACAUCGUGUUGCAAUGUAGACACCACCGUUGGAGGGUUGUGCUUGCCAAACUCAAAGUUGUGCAGAAAUAGAAGGGAAUACGUGUUUUGGGACGCAUUCCAUCCCUCGGAUGCAGCAAAUGAAGUACUUGGCAAUCGUUUCUUCUCUGGCCUCUUUUCUGCUGCCCCUGCCCCCGCCCCUGCCCCAGCACCUUCUCAUUGA